AUGUCACAGAUCCGUACCACUCCGACUCACGGCCUGAUUGUUCUUCUCAUUUUCAUUCUCACCACCACCUACUCCACCAUGAAAUGCCACGAGGUCGUUACGGCCAUGGCGUUCUCGAUGCUUGGGCAUUCAGUCGCUCUGAGCGAUCAAUCCAGUUGUAGCGGUGGGCUCAACGUCUCGUUGGACUGGUAUCCGCCCACGAAGAACUCCGUCAAUGAUUUGGGCAAUGUCAUCAACGGGACGGGAGCAAACGGCUUCGUCUUCAGUCCCAGCCAAGGCCCUUUGAACAUGACCAACUGGUGCAACAUGCCGCAUGUUGAUACCAAGACCUAUGUCAAGCCAAGUAGCGAGUACAGGUUGGAGUACGUGGAGGUCAUCCAUCGCCACCACAAGCGUACACCCUAUGCGGACAACACGUUCCCACAAGAGGGAUACUCCUGGGAAUGUAGCGACGAAGGUCUCUUCUAUGGUGGCAAGCCCCUCAACCCGUACGGAAAUCCAUCAGCAGCAACAUACUGGUCCGUGUACACCUCGAAUUCGAAUCCCAUGGCGCCCACGGGCUUCAACGGAUCCUGUCAGUUCCCUCAGAUCACCCGUGGAGGUCUUGACGACAGUCACCAACACGGUGUCGAUCUCAAGGCGGUAUAUGCUGACAUGUUGGGAUUCAUCUCCACCAACUACGACCCAGAAGCUGUCUCAUAUCGAGUCACCAACAACGUCAUCACCUCGCAAGUCGCCAGCAUGCUCAUCGCAGGAAUGUACCCGCUCCGCAAGAAUGCGGAUACGCCGCUCCUCGUCCAGUCGAACAGUAUCGACUCGCUCGAGCCUUCUUACAAGUGCUCUGCUGCAUCCAAAAGCAACUACGGACCCGGGAGCGAGACGCCAGCAUGGGAGAAACAUCAUGACGCCUCCGCGGGUCUUUAUGAUCGUCUCGAUGCGCUCUCUGGCGUGGCACCGGAUUCCAAGUCAUGGCACAAGAGUUGGGAUCAUUAUUUCGACAAUCUCUCCGCUCGACUGUGCCACUCAAAGCCUCUGCCAUGCAAGCUCGGCAGCGAGACGGAUUGCGUUGGUCUCGCAGAAGCCGAAAAGGUAUUCCGCCUGGGACAAUACGAGUACAGCUUCAUCUACCGMGAUGCUCCAGAGUCAUUCCCUAUGAGUGUGGCCAGCUAUGGCAUCUACAUGGCAGAGCUCGUACAGAAUCUGAGGGAUGUCAUGAAGGGUGACGACUAUGCAGGCGUCAAAUAUCGUCACAACGUGGCGCACGAUGGAUCCAUGUCGAGAUUGCUGUCUAUCUUGCAAGUGGACAGAAUGUACUGGCCGGGAAUGGGCGCCGAGGUCGUCUUUGAGCUCUACAGCAAAGCGGGCUGCUAUUUCGUGAGGAUCCUCUGGGGCGGUCAGGUCUUGGUCUCGAGUCAUCCGGCUUUUGGUCGCAUGGACAUGGUACCUGUCGCGRCGCUUCUUGCGUAUGUCGAUGGCUUAGUAGGCGUCGGUGCGUGCAAAGUACCUGCUCUUUGCGAAGGCUAG